UCGGAAUUGCUGCAAUUGCGACGCCCGAGAUUAUAAUUUCACGCGUGCAGAAUUCGGUCGUUUGGAAAUUCCGACGUACGAAAUUCAGCUUUGCGAGAAUGUUGGAAUUGUCGAAUGUAUUAAUUACAUUCGAAUGAAAAAAAAUACCUCGAACGACGACAAAAUACCGAAGACUAUGUUGAAAGGUGGAAACCGAAAAUAAACGGCUAUACGAUAAGAAGUCGAUAAUACGAUGAUCGAUGGAGGAAAAUUGGGCGCAGCACGCGUUUAUUGGUUCUGACGGCCAUAACUACGCGAUAAUGACGCGCAUUAUAUUCGCGAUUCGUGCGUCAUAAGGUUUCGACUGUCGGCCACGACGGUGACAUCAAUUUAGAGACUGUCCGACGCGGCUAAAUCUAAUUAUUUAACAAGCCGCUGGCCGUAAUGCGCUUCGAGCGCGUACGCGAAAUUGUGUGGAAGAAGGCGACCGCUGCGACGAACGUCGUUUCUCUUCUCCGCCUUCUUUCUUCUCACGACUAUCGACAGUUUAGUGCAGUGUAUCGUUAGUACGCCGUGGUGUUUCACAGUUUUAUGCUGCCUUUGUGUUUGCAAACGCAUCGUUUGAAGAUACCAGGUCUAUUGGAUACCGAAAUGUAUCUCGGAUAAGUAAGACGCUUCCGACAUUCGCGAGACAAACCAAAGAACUUUGUGAUAGUCAGUAAUUAAAAAAAACUGUGGAAUAUUUAAAAAGGAUAGAGAAAGAUGAGACCGGGAGUGAAAAUACGUGGUCCUGUGAUUCAAGUGAUUGGUGAUCAGUGAAAGCAAUCAUGUUUACGAUGAUCGAACCGAGGGGCGACAGGGUGGCCAACACCCAGACAAAACAUCACUGUUACCAAGUGAUCAGGACCACAAAGGUGCACCAAAGUUCCAGAAGCUCGAGAAUGGUCACUGUUCAGGAGAAGGUGAUCAGAUCGCGGCUACAGUUGGGCUAUUCCACGCCUACCAACUUCAUCAACCGUUUCCCGCAGAAGAUGGAGAGGCCAUCGCAGCAUGCGGCGAACGUGAACCAGGUGCACGGGAGCGGCAUGCACGGCGUAUACUCGUCAGGCAGUCAAACCUCCCUGACAACGUCCUACAUCACGGGCCAGUCGUACGUUCAGAACCAGAACUACGCACACGGCCCAUACAAUUCCACAUCGAACGUGAGAGUAUACACUCACGCCGGCUACAAUCAGCCUCAAAGUUAUGGUACCAUGGUGCAGGGCUAUGGUGGUCAGCCACAGGCCGCAGGGUAUCAACAAAACCAUCUUAAAAAAGGACCUGUACGUAACGGAGACGUGCUGAAGAGAUGCCGGCUGCAGACUGCGUACGAGUUAUCCCAAGACCUAUUGGAUAAGCAGAUAGAGAUGUUAGAAAGAAAAUACGGCGGUGUGAAGGCAAGAAACGCCGCACUGACUAUUCAACGAGCAUUCAGAAGAUACACUCUGCUGAAGAAAUUCGCAGCCAUCACCGCCAUGGCUAAGGCUGAAAAACGUCUCAGCAGAAAGCUUCAGGAAACUACAGAGAGAGCCACGGGCGUAAAUGAACAUGAGAGAAUGGUAUAUCACAGUCAAAUUUACAUACAGCAGCCACAGACGGCGAACAGACCAAUGCCCAUCAGGAGCAUGUCUCUGAGGGAAAGGAGGCACGUGGAGAACUCACAGUCUCCUAUACCGAGGAGCCAGAGCGGCAGGUGCGAGGUCCAGGUCGCUGGUCAUCAGCACGCGAACCAUAACAUACAUCAAAGUGGCAGACAUACGCCCUCUCUGGCGCCGAGUCCUUGCAACAGACACCAACAGUUACCACCAAGUCCGUGCUGGGAGUCCAGCUCUCAGGAAAGCGGGUCUAGCAUGCAUUAUUACAAUCCACAGGACACGUUGUGCAGCAUCAGACAAGAUACGCCACCAAGGGAUCUGCUGCGGACACCAUGCACGUCGCCGUCGACGCCUCACAAUCUUCAGACACAAGUGGUUCAGAACUGGAGUAGUGCCGGUCACCUUGGUUCCGCCGGUAGAACGAGAGGAUCCGCGAAAAAGGUGCCACCGGAAGUGCCAAAAAGAACGUCUUCCAUUACGUCCAGAUCUAUGGAACCACGUCACAAUGGUCUUAGCAAAAGCGUCGAGAACGGUAGCCUAAGCUCGGUUCAGAGUUCUGGCAGCGAUUCCACUAAUUGCGAGAGCUCCGAGGGAGACGCUCAAAGAGGAUCACCUGUGUGGAAGCAUAAAGGAAUCUCAAGUUCACCAGAACACCAAGAAUGCGCCAAUCACACAACAGACUCAACUACUAUGAUGAGCAGUGUGAAGGAUCUUGGCCACUCUCAUGCCAGUUCCGGCUACCAGCUUCCUCUCAUGGAUCAUCCAGAAAGUAUACCGCAGACGAGCUAUAAAGUAUCAGAAAUAGUUAGAAAACGUCAGUAUCGAGUGGGCCUAAAUCUGUUCAACAAGAAACCAGAAAGAGGAAUCAGUUACUUGAUCAGAAGAGGAUUCUUGGAGAAUAGUCCUCAGGGUGUAGCAAGAUUUUUGAUCAGUAGAAAAGGACUGUCCAAACAGAUGAUAGGAGAAUAUCUUGGGAACCUUCAAAACCCCUUCAACAUGGCUGUGCUUGAAUGCUUCUCCCACGAGCUGGACCUAUCAGGAAUGCAGGUAGACGUUGCUUUGAGGAAGUUUCAAGCAUACUUCCGGAUGCCAGGUGAAGCUCAAAAAAUAGAACGACUAAUGGAGGUGUUCAGCCAACGUUAUUGCCACUGCAAUCCUGAUGUAGUAUCCAGGCUACGCUCAGCAGACACUGUCUUUGUAUUAGCGUUCGCAAUUAUCAUGCUGAACACUGAUCUGCACACACCAAACCUGAAACCAGAACGCAGAAUGAGGCUGGAUGACUUUGUCAAGAACCUCAGAGGCAUAGACGAUUGUGGAGAUAUUGACAGAGAUAUAUUGGUUGGAAUUUAUGAAAGAGUAAAGGAAAACGAAUUCAAACCUGGCUCAGAUCAUGUUUCUCAAGUGAUGAAGGUCCAAGCAACAAUAGUAGGCAAGAAACCUAACAUGGCCUUGCCUCAUAGAAGAUUAGUUUGCUAUUGUAGACUGUAUGAGAUCCCAGACAUCCACAAGAAAGAGAGACCAGGUGUACAUCAACGAGAAGUAUUUCUCUUCAACGAUCUGCUUGUUGUAACAAAGAUCCUGAGCAAGAAAAAGAACAGCGUUACUUAUACGUUCAGACAAAGUUUUCCACUGUGCGGAAUGGUAGCCACGCUGUUUGAAGUUCCUCAUUAUCCGUAUGGAAUUAGACUCUCCCAGCGCGUAGAUGGAAAGGUGUUGGUUACGUUUAAUGCGAGGAACGCGCACGACAGGUGCAAGUUUGUGGAGGAUCUCAGAGAAUCCAUCAGCGAAAUGGAUGAGAUGGAAACCUUACGGAUUGAGACGGAACUAGAACGACAGAAAAGCAGCAGAAGUGCGAGGGGUGGCGCUGAAAAUAGAGACUCUGGAGUGGCAGAUGUCGAGAUAUGUCCUUGCCCGGGGCCUUACUCCGAAAGAUCGGAAACUACCGACAUAGAUACCCAAUUAAAACGUUCUGCCCUUAGUAAUUCCCUUUUGGACAUACAUGAACAAUUUGCUGGUGAAAAACCGCAGCGACGUGGAAGCGUGGGCUCACUCGAUAGCGGUAUGUCGAUUUCUUUUCAAUCUACAUCUGCCAGCUCAAUGAGCCAAGGCAUUAAACAUCCUGGACAAGUUCAUCCUAUACAUCCAGGGGCUACGAUCCCUGGUGGUGCUAAGGGACUGGCUCAGCAGCCAUCUUUUUUAGGGGGUCUAUUCGCCAAACGGGAACGAAAACUUUCACAAUCGGAGGAAUCCGGCCCGUACAGUCGCACCACGGAAGUGUAAUAUAUCCUUCCGGUGCUACCUAAGAGAUAACAGGCCAAAGUGGAAGUUCCACAAGGGGACACGUCCUAUAUAGUAAUAUAUUAAACACGUAGUAUAUACUGUUCAAACUUCCGUGAGAAAAUAUUCUUCGAAAUUAUGUAUCCCUCAUAUAUAUAAUACACACAAACCUGUAUAUAAUGUUAUAACUUCCAUUAUAAGACUAUUAUAGUUAUAAUAUUAUUUAUGGAUUAUGUUGAAAAUAUGGAGGAUGCCGAAUAUUCGAGCCUCAUUUCCUUGUGAAAGUUUGAACAGCAUGUCCUAUAUGUUUUAUAUUGCCAAAAUGUGAAUCAAAUGGAUGAUUCGAAUAUCGUGCAGUCUCUUUGUCAGAUGGAGCGCGUAAACUCUUUCACUUCCCCUCGGCUUUUACGGAAGCGAAUGGACGCCAACUUUAUGCGUGAUUAAAGAGGCCAAUGUAUCUUGAAAAUGAAGGUGAGAAGACAAGUUAUCCCAUAACUAGUUGAAAUCAGAAAAUGCACUUUGGGAAGUGACACAAUGAAGAUGAAAAAAGAAAAAGUAAAAAGAAGAGAAUAAGAAGAGACAAUUGAAUAUGCGAUGUAAAUUUAUUGGAUUGGGCAGGAUCCAAUCGCGAUCACUCGAAACAAAGGAAUUUGGCAAGAUGGCGCGUUGAAGUAGUCUCUAUAGGGGCGCAUGUAUAGUAUUUAUUCAUCCAAAAAUGAAAAAAAAAAUAACACGUCGAUUCACUUUUUCUUAUGAUAUUUAUAAUUAUUUCUAAUGGAGAGCGAUGCGGUCCUCUCAACGCAUGUAGAUAAUCGUUCCGUUAAUCGCAUAGACCCCAUAAACCGGUUUUUCAACUAAAAGUCACGUGACUCAACAAAAAAAAUCUUAUCACCACGAAAAGAAAAAAAUAUGAUCGGUUUAUGGGAAGAGAAUGGCUCUAGUGUAAUAUCGUGUUUUUUUGCAAGUAUCGACGUAGCUAUACUUGAACAGUUGUACAUAAUAGGUAUAUGAUAGAUAUAUAACGGCAAUUGUAUGAUUACAAUGAUGAUGAUGAUAAUUCUGUAACAAAAAACAUGAACCGUAGCCUAAGGAAACCGAUAAGCAAUCCCCUUCUUGAUAUUAGGUGCAUGUCGAUGUCUAACAAAUUUUUAAUAUCUCAUCAAUGAAAAAAAAGUAAUAAAUCGUUUGGAUCGUAGCAAUCUUUGUAAGUAUUAACAUUUAGAAAAAAAAAGGAAGAAGAAGAAGAAGUUACAGAGAAGCGUUUUUUCGUUGUUGGGGUACAUUCUCAUAAUCUUCUGCAAAUCGUAGUUCUGCUUGUGUGUUCAGAAUCGAGCAGUUUUUUUCUCCGAAACAGCGUACUAAUGAGAAGAUUCAAUUAACCAAAUUAGUUGGUUUCUCGUCUCGUAGCACGUGUAGCUAACUCUCAGCGUCAUCUUAAACGAAUGCUAUAAGGAUCAAUGAAUGGGAGAGGACAACUUGUAUGCCUUAUGUAACAACUGCCACAAUUUAUCAUCAAGAGAUGAGAAACUGACUAAUCUUACCAAUUAUUAAAGAGAUAGACAACCUUUUUGGAGGGCUGCAGAAUUAUAUUUGGAAAAGUAAAAUAACUUGUACAUAUAUAUAUUACCAGUGAUCACAAUACCAAUUAAUAGCAAUUAAAAAAAUGGAUUGUCCGAUUAAUUUCGAUUUGAAGUGACUAAUCAGUGAAAUUUGAUACACUGUACAUUAUUAUAAUACGUUUCGAACUUUGGGAGUUUCAUUGUAAUUAACGUCAUGAUGUAAUGUACGCACACAUUACCAGUUUUUGUAUAAACUUUGAAAUUUAUUUUCGUAGUUCUCUUUAAUAAUAACCUUGAGAUUCAAGUGAUUCUUACACUUUUUGCACUUCUGAUCGAUAAGCACUAUAACGUCUGUUUCCAAAUUAUAUUUCCUUAAUCGUGUAAUUUGAAUCCUUCAGCUGUCACAGAAAUAGAUCUUUUUUAGAGAAGCAGCUUAUUUUUCUGAGCAUACCAUUUCAUAAGGAAAUACACUCAUAUAUUCCAGAUUAAAAAUAAUAGAUUUGCUAAGGACUAAAAGGUUUGCUACAUUUUAUCUCUUAUAGUGAUUUGUGAGAGUAUUUAAACAUUUACCAUAGAAAACUUUGACGUAUAUAUGUAUUAUGUAUUUGUUUCACAUUUGCUCAAUAUAAUCGUGAUAGUCUGGUUUCAUUACAGCAACAAUAAAAUUUCAAAAUAUUUCAUAUACAGAUGUAAUAUGACCAUAAAAGGCAUCUACAAGUGUUUGAAUACUCUUACACUAUACGUAAACUCUGACUGCUAUCACAAGUUUCUCAAUCUAAAUGUCUAUUGUUCUCCAAAGUAAACAGAGAAAGAGGCUGUAAUGAUCGCAUAGGUUCUAACUAAUUAUAAAACUGGAAAAUAGCUAUUCACGUUGUCAAGAUGAGAAUAUAGGUCUUACAAAGACGUGUAUUGUUAUAGGAAAAGAUAUAGCAAGAUUAUAAAAUCGGUGAUGUGUUUAAAUUUAUAUGUUUCAAGAGACUAAACAAUAAUUUGAGACAUAUGAAGAAAGAGAAGGAAUUAAAAGCCUCAUUCGAUAUAUCAUAGAAUAAUAUGGAACUGUUCUUCUUUUAUAGAAUAUUUAAGAAAAAUUGUGUAUAGCAUAAAAUUUGAAAAGUAGAUUCUAAACAUAUGCAGUUUGCUAUUUUUCACAUAAUGCAUAUAUAAAAAAAUUUUGUACGUCACUAAUGACUAGACUACGAAUUUCUAUGUAUUUAUGGAAAUUCUGAAAAUGAAGAAAUGUACAAAAUGGAUGUAACAUGCAAAAAUAUACAAAAUAUCUAAAGUAAAGUACUCGAGUGAAACAAAUCUUUGCUUAGAUUCCAUUUCUAUAAUUGUGUUCAUAAAAAUAUAAAACAUAAAAAUCCGUAAUCUAUUAAUGACUUCUAUGGCCUGAGAUUCGAGGUACUUCUAUGAAAUGCGUACAACAUUGAACGCAAUUACAUCAAUCGAUGUCCCUAAUUAAUAAUUAAAUUUAUAACCUCGCUAUAUCUCUUCCGCCAAGUAUACAUGCGUCGUUUACAGCUGAAGGAAACAAAAACCGAGAGAACUCGAACGCAACUAAGAAUAGUUGGCAAAGUGUUCAUCCUAAUUGUACAUAGGCUCCCAUGGAUCCGUAACAAGUCCGUAGUCUUCAGCGUUAUUAAUUCUAGUCUUUCUCAUCAGGAGAGUUCUCCGGUUACGCUGUAAUGUUUGCGAGGGAGAGAGCGAAAGAGAGAGAGAGAAAAUAAUUCCAUAAAACUUUGUCAGAAAAACCUUGAUGUAGUUCUUAAGGAUGUGGUUUACAAUAAAGAGUGUGAGGUCAGUCUAAUAUAACAAAGGAUCGCGUCAAUUUGCAUGAACGAUGAAACAAAUGCUCGUUCAGAUUCCUGAAAUUUAAAAAAUAAAAAGAAAGAUGAUCAAUAUACGGAAAUUCUUCUGUGAUAAACUUCUUACGAAUGAAAAAAAAAAUAAGAAAA